GAAAAAAUGAAUAACACAGAUAAAGCAAAGUUUGUCGAUGCCAAAAGGGCAGCGUUAAUCCAAAGCGUUUCUGAGGUACUGGCAAUAGCAGAGGAGCUUGGAAACAUGAUACAUGGUGAGACCUACUCACUGAUCGAAGCUAAACAGACAAGCCAGGAGAGAAUGAGAGUGCUCUAUCAGCGGACGUUUCGGUCAGGAGGGGUAAUUGUCAAAGCAGCCUUCUACGACGCCCUCAAAAAACAUCACCCCAACCUAGUGGAGGAGCUAGGUCGCUAACUCCAAAAAGGCUUUCCUUGUCUCUCAUCUGCCCAUGAUGACCAAACACUUGAGUCUUUCAUCAAAAUGAAUAUAUUUUACUCAUAUGUAUAUAUCUAAUGUGUAAAUAUCUUACUACACCAACCUGUUUUUUAAUUUUUUUUAAAAAUGUUUACAUAUAUACAUAUUAAGAAAUAAAUAAAAUUGUCUCACAGUAGUGUUGUGUGGUGGCUGUGGCUUAAUAAUCAGCAACACACGUUUGGCUUU